GAUAUUGACGAAUGCGAUCAAAAUAUUCACCAGUGUAACAAGAACGCAGCUUGUAAUAACACAAAGGGAUCUUACAGUUGUACCUGCAAUACUGGUUUCCAUGGAGACGGAUACAACUGCACAGGUAUCCCAGUAUUUCUUUUGGGUCCUUGUUAUUGUUGUUGUUUGUCCUUAGUUGUUUUAAACAGUGGCAUUGAAACAGAACAGCAGCGUAUUUUUAUACCUCAUUUACUUUAUUCGAAUGUGUCGCAUUCACCAGUAACUCGUACACGAGUUGCACCACUUGAAUCUCACUUUCUCGACUUGACUUACAAGCAGUGAUUAUUGGACAUGACUGAAUCUGCAAGAAAGACAGCAACAAUGAUAAUGAUAAUACUAAUGGUUAUAUUAUUAUUAUUACUACAAAGAAGUUAUCGGUGAAGCAUGAUUCUGCGAUGUGUGGCUCGCUACAUUCAACGUUGCUUGUUCUGUGAUAAGGCGAGGGGUUGAAAUGAUUCACAGUAUUUCAAAAUUGUUCUACAUAUAGACAAAUGUCAAGAAAUAAGAUGUGGAGCGAACGCAACUUGUACUAACACAAAAGGAUCUCUCAGAUGUACCUGCAACACUGGUUUCUAUGGAGGCGGAUACAACUGCACAGGUAAGCCAGUAUCAUUGCCAACUCGGUUGAAAGCGAUUGCAAAAGACAGCAAUACCUGAUCACUAUCAGAAAAAACCCCUCAAAUAUGACGUUUACUGGUGUGCCAUACGAAGCGGAAUAUUCUUUCUCCCUCUAGCGUAUUUUUUUUUUUAAAAAAACUAGCGCCUUAAAGGGGCUGUUUGACGUCUGUCUAGUUCAUUUUGUCAAUAAUGCCAAUCAUAUGUCCUUAUUGACCCUUAUUCGCAAUUUGGAAGUUGAGAUAUAACUUCUGAUAACGAAAAAAACACCAACAAGAGCCAACUAAUCUCGGAGAACGUUUGAACAUCCUUUUAAGGGUCCUAAAAAAAGUUUGAUAGUCUCUUUCAUUUGCAUUUGAUAAUGGUGACGUGUCGUCGCCGAAACGUCUUGUUUUAAUAGCGUUGCUUUUCAUCCUUUAGAGAAAUAACUUGUGAAUUGAAAUCACAACUUUGUGUCAAACAAAUAUGUCUCCCAAGCAUCAUAUCAAACGUUACAAAUAACAACAACAAAAAAACUCUGAAAAACUGUUAGGUUGACAAGUUUUCAAAAACAGCCAUUGUAAUCAGUUUUAAUCUUCUUCAAGUUUGUCCAUCAGUAACUCCCUUUGUGGUGUUAUAAUAAUUAUACCUUUUUUUUGAACUUUUUAGCAGUUAUUUUAUUUAUGUUUCACUCAAUUUGUUGGCAUUUCCUACUGUUUAAAUUUUGAUAGAUUUCGUGACACAUCUCCUUUAAAUACCAACGUGUUUUCUAUAUCCUAAGGCGUUUUUAGAAAUCAGGAGAAAAGCGUUCGCACUGAAUGUUUCUCUGGCCAAUUUCAUACGAACAAAUUAUUUUCUCAUCUCACAGUCACAGUCAUUUCACACUGUCCGGAGCCCAAGACCCGGAGCGAGCAACUUCCAUGCGCUCGUGUCAAGGCGUUCUCACGACGGACGAACGGUUUUGGUGCGAAUUUUGAAUACCACAAACCAGUCAGCAAAACAUGAUAUUUUUUGUCUUUUUAGUUUUCCUUUUUAAUAUCUUAUACUUCGAAUGCGCCCAUGGACAUGGUGGAGAUUCUAUUUUCGCGGGAAAAAGUGCCCUGAAAUGUGUCUAAAAAUAAACCGGUCCGUAAAAACGCCAUGACAUAGACCUAGUAUGGGAGUUCCUCGCUCCUGAUUAUGGGCUCCCGGCACUGUCAUUUAUCUUUAUCUUCUGUUCCCACUAGAGUGUUACACUAUAUUUGACUUCGAAGAUCAUAAUCUAUCACAGUGGACUUUGACUGGUACUGCAUUCAAUAAUCAGCCAACAUACGGGGAUAUCCCAUCAGCCCGGCGGGGAGGGCAUUUUAGCAACCACAAAGGGGAUUGGUGGAUUGGUACCUUCGAGAAUCGGCCCAGUCCCUCUUAUCCGGUUGGAAGAUAUCAAUACGAUAGUCCUCAAGGUUCAAUGACGUCACCUGGUUUUUCGAUCACUGGAAAGUCCCUCAGGUUCCUGAUUGGAGGAGGCUGUGAUCCUAGUUUUCAAGACCUUCGUGCGGAGCUGAUAAUUGAAGGGCAAGUUGUUCUCGUUCAGACAGCUAAGAGGUGUGCUGAAGCCAUGACAGAGAAAAGCUGGAAUGUAACGAGUUACGUUGGUAAACACGCUCAGUUGCGGUUGAUUGACCAUUCUUCAGGAGUCUGGGGUCACCUUAAUUUUGAUCACUUUCAAGCGUGCCAUAAACUGAUUUAA